AUGGAAGCGUCCAGCGCAACAAAGGGUUUCUUCCAAACCCCUCCAACCAUCCCCCCUCAGUAUGUUGAAGAUGCUGCCUUUCGCCGGAUCAUCUCCUUGUACCUUCCAUCCCCUAUACCCUCCAGCAUAGAUGAAGACCUUUCUCGAUUUUCUCGUCUUGUGCUGUCGAGAUCUCAUAUGGCCUAUGCAGCAGACGCCGAGAAGAACCAGCCGUACCUUCGGCCGCUCUCUACGUUUGGCACGGAGAAUAAACAGGACCCCCUGGUCACAAGUGAAGGGUGGCGCAAACUACAGGAUAGAGGAAUUGUGGAGGGAAUGGUGGGAAUAGCAUAUGCCAAUGCUCGAGGCUCGCCGUGGAAUAACCGAGCAUAUCAAUUCAUCAAACUCCAUCUUUGGACUUCCAGUGCCGCUCUGGUUACAUGCCCGGGUGCUAUGACCGAUGGUGCUGCCAAAUUGCUUGGGCGGCAUCUGAAUGGUGCGAAUGGGUCUAUAUUUACAGAAGCUAGAAAUAGACUAAUUAGUCGAAAUCCCAGUGUUGCAUGGACCAGCGGCCAAUGGAUGACAGAACGGAAGGGAGGGAGCGAUGUUCGUGGGACUGAGACGGUGGCUAGGAAACUUUCUACAGAAGAACAAAACGCGAGUAAAGGGGUUGAUGAACUUGGAUGUCCCCUUGGACCAUGGCAGCUCGACGGUUUCAAGUGGUUUUCAUCCGCCACCGACGCUAAUAUGACGAUUAUGCUUGCCAGAACAGGACCAGAUGGCCAGAUUAGCGCUUUCUAUGCCCCCUUGCGCAGAAGAGUUGUGGGGGGAGCUGAAGACGAGACGGAACUCAACGGUGUGAGAAUUCAGCGAUUGAAGAAUAAGCUCGGCACAAAAGCCCUCCCAACCGCAGAACUAGAACUGAAAGGAAUGAGAGGAUAUUUGAUAGGUAAGGAAGGCGAUGGCGUCAGGGAAAUUUCAACCAUUCUCAAUAUCACCAGAGUUCAUAAUAUGAGUGGAGCUGUGGGUGGCUGGGGGAGAGGGUUGGCAAUCUCCAGAGCAUAUGCGAAGGUGAGGAUUGCGGGCGGCAGACUCCUCACCGAACUACCCGCACACGUGAGAGCGCUUGCUCGGGAGCAUGUGAUGUAUCGGGGCCUGCUCCAUCUUGCCCAUUUCGUGGCCUCAUUGUUGGGUAUCUCUGAAGGGCAAGACAGCCGUCUCACGCAAGCAACGCAGGCUUCUAUCCUCCCAACCAACGCUGAGCAGUCCAGUGCUUUGCUCCGUCUCCUUACCCCCAUGGGCAAAGCUCAAACAGCGCUUAGAUCUAUCAAUGGAGUUCGUGCGUGCAUGGAGAAUCUAGGUGGAGUCGGUUAUCUUGAGAAUGAGGAUCCUGUGUUCAACGUUGCGAGGAUUUUCCGUGACGUAUGUGUUCUCAGCAUAUGGGAAGGGACUACCGAUAUCAUGGCGGACGACCUGGUUCGUGUGAUGAAAUCUCGACAAGGCCCGGCGACCUUGGCGGCUGUGGGACUAUGGGUCGCGAGCGGUUUGGUGAUUGCGCGCAAGAAUUCAUUCAAGGAAGAAGCUAACAAAAUACAGAGAAUUUGGGAGCAGUGGCAGAAAUCCACCGAAACCAAAGAUAAAGAACAAUUGAGGUGGGAAGGACGGGAUCUCCUUGUCGGGCUCGAAAGCGUAGUUUGCGGGCUAUUGCUGAUUUUGGAUGCGGCGCGAGAUAACGACCCUAUCGCGAGAGAAAUUGCAAGACGCUUUGUAUUGAAAGAACGGGUCACAUAUAGUUCGUGGGAAGUUGAAGCUGCCUGGGAUAAACGGAUUGUUUUCGGUGAUGAUGCCGCAGCAAUUGCGAAGCUUUGA